CAGCACUUUAAGAUAUCAGCUGAUGUAAGAAGGGCUAUAUAAAUACAUUUGUUUUGAAAUUUGAUUUGAUGAUUCACUUGCUAAACUUGGAAACGACAGGAUUUGGUCGAUCUUGGGUUAGUUAUAAACAUCUUCGGCCCUAGUGUCCUGGCUGACAGAAAAAACGCUCUGAUUGGCUCUUCGUCUUGUCAGUCACAACGGAACUGUCCAAUCAGCUGUCUUCACACAGAGGCCGUGAUGAAUCGUAAAAUGUACCCGUUAGCUAGCUAACGUUAGCUAUUUGACGAAAUUGUAUGACCGAAACAGCUUUCUUUUUUUAACCUAAUCGCUGUCAUUGUAUAAUCAAAAUAACGGGAGAUCACUUGGAGAAAAGUGUAAAGAGGCUGGUUUGAUGUGCAUGGCACUGGGAGAGGAGGCACCAUGAGUAGGGAGUUGGAUGCGCUGACUGUGGUGAACCAGCUACGAGAUCUUGCAGCUGACCCCCUCAACAGACGAGCCAUAGUACAGGACAACGGCUGCUUACCGGGCCUCAUCCUCUUUCUGGACCACCCCAACCCUCAGGUCGUCUACUCAGCAUUAUUGGCAGUACGCUACCUGGCAGAAUGUCGGACCAACAGAGAGAAGAUGAAGGGAGAGCUGGGCAUGAUGCUGAGUCUGCAGAAUGUCAUGCAGAAGAGCAGCUCCCCAGGGGAGACCAAGCUGCUGGCGUCUGAGAUCUAUGAGAUUCUGCAGGCAGCUGGCAAUGAGGCAGAGCAGGCUGAGGCUGCCUCCUGCAGACGCAAGGCCCACUUCUUCCUGGGCUCCACCAACAAGAGGGCCAAGACCGUGGUGCUGCACAUCGACGGCCUGGAUGACCCGACUCGUAGAAGUCUGUGUGAGGAGGCCCUGUUGAAGAUCCGGGGGGUGAUCAGCUUCACCUUCCAGAUGGCUGUGAAGAGGUGUGUGGUCAGGAUCCGCUCUGACAUCAAGGCUGAGGCACUGGGCACGGCGAUCAACUCCACCAAGGUGAUGAAGGCUGCACAGGUGGUGAAGGGAGAGGAUGGAGGAGAGCUGAUGCUUCCAUUCCAGGAGGGUGCAGAGGAGGCGGUGGUGGAGCACAACGAGGACAUCCCAGACUACCUCCCUGAGGAGGAAAGCCCGUCUCAGGAGCAGGACAAGGCCGUGACACGCGUUGGCUCCAUCACAGAUGGCGUGGGCUGGCUCAGCACAGCCGCCAACUUCCUGUCCCGCUCCUUCUACUGGUGACCACUUCCUGUGUCAGUCCCAAUCGUCACAACCCCAAGCCCAAUAACCACCACCCGAAGGUCACCUUAGCCCCGCCUAUUUCAUCCAGCCCUUUUACACUGCUCUCUAGUCCCUCUCAGCAGCUACACAGAGUACCACUCUGCUCAGUGUACAAGGAGCGCUGGACUGCCAAGUGCAACCUGCAAUAACCUUUACUUGUUUAUAAAACAAAAUUAGUUAAGAUAAUGCUAGCUACUGUACCACAGGCUGAACUCGCUGCACACUAAAUACACUCAAGUCAAUCUACUCGUUAUGCGUCUCAUAAGCCAUAGACAGAGGACUUCAGAAUCAUCUUACAUCUCUUUUCCUUUAGAGAAGUAGUUUUCUCUGACGCCCGAUGGGUCCAUCAUCUCUUUGAAACCAAAUUGCAUUGUGGGAAUGCGUUGUGCUGCAUCGUCUUCUGAGUUUGAGCGAUUGCAUUGAAUGGUGCUGCGCUUGUGGAAAUUGGAGUGGUUUUUGUGCUCUCUGUUGCUUCUUUUCCUCAUCUUUGUUUUGAUAAGGUUUUUUCACCCUUUUUCUGUUUGCCAAUUUGAUAAUCCCUAAUUCACUUUUCGUUCCCCUGCGGUGGGGGGCUUUUGUUUGUGCCAAUCUUGCUCACUGCCUUGUUUUCAUCAUGUCUCUAUCCUUUGUUGUGUGCCUUUUGGACUCUUCACUGCCAUGUAUUGCUAUGUAUUUGUCCAGUUUAACUUCACUCGAAACCUCUGAAGCCUUGUGAAUAAUGCAAACUGUCUUCUCUGCGUUGGGAGCUAUUUCCCCUAGCAGCUCAUGUCUCUCAUAGAGAGAUGUCAUAUUUUUAGCGAGACAAAGACCCCGGUGAAGGACGGCUGAUGACACUAGCUGCUCCAUAGAGGACUGAUGCAGAAAGAAAAGGGAAAUGAUACUUACUGUUAUACUGUAGAAAGUCGACUUUAGUACACAUUACUUCUCGUUAAAUCCUCCUAGGACUUGGGAGUCUCUUGGUUGUACAGUAGAGGUGAGUGUUCAGACGGAUCAUUGUUUAUGUUGAAGUUGUGAUGCGUUGACUCGCAUCAAAUUUACUUCUUUAGCCUUUUCCCCUUCAUCAGUGUUUUCAUAUAGGAUUAUCAUACGGUCAUCUGUCGUCUCAAAGGUCUGAUUUAGAGUAGACAACUGGUCCUAAAUCGGUGUGGUAGAGACAACCACCUCAGGGCUUGAUAGCCACCUGCUAAAUGUGUGUCCCUCACCCUUAAGCCCAUCAACAUGUUCACUAUUGUGGCCCAGCCACUAUAAAUGUUUGUUUUUUACCCCCCUUUAGCCAGCAGUGUCCUUAAAAUGACAUACACAUACGGACACACCAUUGCUGCUGUCAGAAGGACACUAGAGGUGUAAGCAGUAUCACUGGUCUGGAUAUGUACAUUUCAAAUCAAAUUUUGGUCACGGUAACACAUAUUUAGCAGAUGUUAUUGCGGGUGUAGCGAAAUGCUUGUGUUCCUAGCUCCAAAAGUGCAGUAGUA